AUGUUUGAGGCUGGCAACUAUGUUUUGGACCAUAAAUUGUUGUUCUAUCCUUUGGCUAUCAUAUUCGCCUAUUUGUGCCUUGGAGUUCUUCAUUCAAUAUUUGCCUCUAUUUUGGCAAGCGUUGCUGGUUGGAUUUGGCCUCCGCUUCAUUUCAUUCUGAGCACUACUGGCGGUUUUGUUUGGCGACUUGCUGAUUGGUUGUUUUGGGUGGAUGAACUUGGACGGUCAGAAAUAAAAAUUUUUUUUUGUGAAAAAUUUAAAAAAAUUUUAUUUUUAGUAGUUUAA